UCUUUGCCUGGGUUUAGUGUCUCUCAGCUCAUCCAUCCUGCACCCAUUUGUCUUCUUGUCUCUACUCAUUGUGUGCGGUUGCAAAAGCCCAUUAAACCUCAGCAAAAAUGGAGGCCAUCAAAAAGAAGAUGCUUAUGCUGAAAUUGGACAAAGAGAAUGCAUUGGACCAGGCUGAACAAGCUGAAGCAGACAAGAAAGCAGCCGAAGACAGAAGCAAGCAGCAUGAAGACGAACUUCUGCAAAUGCAAAAGAAGCUGAAGGGGACGGAGGAUGAGCUUGAUAAAUACUCUGAGGCUCUUAAGGACGCUCAGGAGAAGCUUGAGGUGGCCGAUAAGAAAGCUGCUGAUGCUGAAGCAGAAGUGGCAUCUCUGAACAGACGUAUCCAGCUAGUAGAGGAAGAGUUGGACCGCGCUCAGGAGAGACUCGCAACGGCUCUGCAGAAGCUGGAGGAGGCUGAGAAGGCUGCAGAUGAGAGCGAGAGAGGUAUGAAGGUGAUUGAGAACAGGGCUCUAAAAGAUGAAGAGAAGAUGGAGCUUCAGGAGAUUCAGCUGAAGGAGGCUAAACACAUUGCAGAGGAGGCUGACCGCAAGUAUGAGGAGGUGGCUCGUAAGCUGGUAAUUGUAGAAGGAGAACUGGAGCGUACAGAGGAGAGGGCAGAGCUGGCUGAGGCUAAAUGUGCUGAACUGGAGGAGGAACUGAAGAACGUCACCAAUAACCUGAAGUCUUUGGAGGCCCAGGCUGAGAAGUACUCUCAAAAGGAGGACAAGUAUGAGGAAGAGAUCAAGAUCCUCACUGACAAGCUGAAAGAGGCUGAGACCCGAGCUGAGUUUGCUGAGAGAUCUGUAGCCAAGUUGGAAAAGACUAUCGAUGAUCUGGAAGAUGAGCUUUAUGCACAGAAACUCAAGUACAAAGCCAUCAGUGAGGAACUGGACCACGCCCUCAAUGACAUGACCUCUAUCUAAAUGUCCAGAAGCUCCACCAUCCUAUCAGGCUGUGGUUUCAAGACUUGGUCUUUUGGUGAACAUCGCCUCUGGGCUCAGUCUGUCCCUCUCCCCUCCCUCACGCCCCUUUAUUCAUCUCAGCUCUCUUUCCUCAACUGUUAAAACUGUUAGAAUGUGUUUGUGCCUGUUGUACUUUGUUUUCAGCACUUUGUGUUUUCUGUUUCAGGAUGUUUUUGUCUGAUUUCACUCUGCAUUGUUCUUCUAUAUCAUUUGUUCUGUACCCGAGUUAUACAAGAGAGGGAAGAAAGUUUGAGUUAAUGCA